AAUACAAAAUAUUUUGAUAUUUAAUUUAUAUGGUGUACCUAUUUAAAUAAUUUUAAUUAUAAAUAUUGUAUAGCUAUUUUAAGUGUGAACAAUAUCAAACUGCCUUUUGUAAAGCAUCAAUAAAACAAUUAAAUAAUGGACAAAUAAAAGUGAUCAAGGCAGAUCACACACACAGACUUCCUCAGAAUGAUAAAAAAAAGGAAUUUAGAGAGAUUUUAAAGGGCAGAGCUAUUAAUGAAAUUGGGCUAUUGAAAAAUAUUUAUGACGAAGAAGCUCGAAAGUAAUUUAUUCUUAAUUCUUAUUACCUAGUGUUUAGUUCAAAUUAACACUUAAAUUUAUUUAUUUAUUUUAGUAAUAGGGAAGCUUCUGCAAUGUACCCUUGGUCAACAGCUGAAAAAAUUAUGCGAUAUGCCAGAAAAAUUUCACUUCCUGAGUUACCCAACUCUUUAGAAGCUCUGGCUCUUCUAUUUGAUAACGGAGAACUUAAUAGAUUUGCAUGCGCUCAGACAACGUUCUAUAGAGGCUGUGUUCAAGACGAUCAGGGACAUUAUAAUAUUAUUUUUGGAUGUCCUGAACUAAUACAGUCUGUAGUGGAAGCCGAAGUAGAUGAGUUACACGUUGAUGGCACAUUUAAAGUUGUGCCUACUGGAAUAAAUGCAAAACAGUUGUUGGUGCUACAUUGCAUGAUUCAAAACUAUUCUAUACCUGUGUGUUAUGUAUUGAUGCAAUCAAAAAGAAGGCCAUCAUAUGAAUGUGUUAUUAGAUACAUAAGACAAAAUAUGCUGCAAAACCUGAACAUUACGAGGAUUAUAACAGACUAUGAAUCGGCUUUAAAAGAUACUCUGUUGUCACAUUUUCCGCAAGCAAGAGCAGUUGGAUGUUGGUUUCACCACAAUCAAGCAAGUCUGAAAUAUAUAUACUUAUGA